AUGCUCGUUUUCGAUGAUGCGAACUACAUGAAGACUGACCGAAUCGCAGCAUUCUGCUUUGUUCUGGGCGUUGAGGCUCAAGGCAUCAACGGCACUGCGAACGACACCUUGCCAUCCCUUUUCAUUAGCCCCACAGCUGAUAUCGCAUUUGCCCUCAACGUCCCUAGCGACUCUGCGACCGAUCUAUACUUCUCGUUGAUGAUCCCAACGUCGGUUACAUGGGGUGCAAUCGGGCUUGGUUCGGCCACAAUGGCGGGCUCCUUGAUGCUCGUGGUAUAUUCGUCGGAUUCUAGCCAGAACCUAACUAUAUCUCCUCGAAUCGCUUACGGCCACUCCGAGCCGGUAUAUACGUCAGAUAUCAAUGUCGAGGCUCUAGACGGCACAGGUUUGAAAGACGGCGUUCGCUAUGUCUUCAACGGUCGUUGCACCAAUUGCCGGUCCUGGAAUAGCGGUCAUGUUGAUGUCACGAGCAAGUCACAGAGCUUCUUGUACGCAACAGGGCCUGAUGGGGACAUUGAUUCCGACGAUGUUAGAGCACCUCUCAAGAUGCACCUCAACUAUGGAAACUUCCAGCUGGAUAUGACCCACGCCACAAGUUCUGGUGCAGUUCCAGUAAUCCCAAUCAGCAACAGCACGGCCUCUGUCGCCACUACACAGGGACUGUCGGUCUUAGAUAAGAGAGACACGGCAGCCAUGAUUCACGCCAUAAUAAUGGUUUUCUGCUUUGUUGGUCUUUUCCCAUUCGGUGUUCUGAUCCUUCGCUUGGGUAACUGGGUGCGCUGGCACGCUGUUAAUCAGGGGCUGGCCCUCAUUGGCGUCAUUGUGGGAUUCGGAUUGGGCGUACACGUCAGCUCGUUUUACAACAGGUCGAAAAGCUUCAGGGAUCCCCACCAAGUCAUUGGGAUCCUGCUCUUUAUUUUUGUCAUCGGUCAAUUUGUUCUCGGCUUUUUGCAUCAUAGAAUGUUCAAGAAGACGCAAGAACGUACCAAACUUGCCCCGGCCCACGUGUGGUUGGGGAGAAUUAUCAUUCCUGUGGGAGUGAUGAACGCAUUCUUGGGAUUCCGACUUGCGCAGAGUCCUCAAUACUAUUGGAUUCUGGCUGGGCUCGUCAUAUUCAUCUUCCCAGUAAUAGCAUUGAUACUGCUCACCAAGAAGCUCAUCCGCAAGCGAUGGGACCGAAGCAAAGCCGCAGCGGGGGAGCAAGGUGGGUUUGACCUUGAACCGUGGCGACAGACAGAAGCACAACGUGGACAUGGACAGCAAACUGCGGGACCCGCCAGUGACUACGCACCGACUCAAGCUGCAGCGCAACCAGAUAUGCGGUCGUAUGCACACUAUCAAGGCAGUCGCGAUCAGAGAACCGACCUGGGGUCGCAACCACUACCUCGAGAAUACGUGUAG